CAUAUCCAAGGCAGGAGGCUCACAUGCACACCGGCUCGCUGACAGACGGACAGACCUGAAGACUUACUUCUAGCACUCACAGCUCCUCUGAACUUGCUGCCGAUCCUCUGACAGAAGAGAAGAAGACACACUGUUAGACCUCUGGGGGGGAGCUCAGAUAAAGACGUGCCUUCAGUCUUAGAAAGGGAGCUGUCACACACUGAUAUACAAACACACACAUUCCUAGAAAUUGACACAUAGAGAGGAAAAAGCAGUCUCUCUCUCUUUCGUGCUCGCUCAGCUGCUCUCUCUCUCUCCCCCUCCCAUCCACACACACACACACACACACACACACACACACCACUACAGUAUAUCAGCGAGUGACUAGCGGAGAGCCAGAGGGGAGUGCAGAAAUGAAUGUGAAGAUCCUGACGCUGGUGAUUGUGCUCUUGGUGUCUCUGCUGUGUUCUGCCGGUGCUGGUCCCAUGGCCUCCACGGAGCAUGGCAGAGGGCUGGAAGGGGCAAAUACAGUGAGAAAAAUGGCCCAGCAAACUCCAGUAAGAGGAGGUCAGACCCACAGACCAAGCAAGAGAAGACGCCCACGGCCCCGCCUUUCCCACAAGGGGCCCAUGCCAUUCUAGAGCAAGGCAUUGCUUUGAGCGCCCUCCCCCAGGUUAUGAUUUCUAUGCUCUUCCUUUGCCUUGGGGGGCCUUGCAAUGAAGGGCCUAUGCUUGCCCAGCCUGAAGAGUGAUGUCCAUAGCACCUGCUGGUUCUCCAAGCAACUCUGUCCACAAAAAAACCAGGACAAGCCGCUCACCCUCAGCUCCAGGAGGAAUAGAGGGGGCAUUGAAAAGGGGGUGGGGGUAUUGAGCCUGAGCUACCAGACUCUAUUUCUCUGUCUCUUUAUCUUACUCCCUCCUUUCCGAUAUAUCUCUGUCUUUUGUUUUCAAUUUGCUUAUUAGAGGCCAAUCAUAGCAAUCUUUCUGAGUGUCUCACACUCUUUGCAUGACAUGUGGUGGAGAGGGAGCCCCGUCAAGAGUCUUAAAGCUUCUGUCACUUCUUGAAGACGUGGUUUUCGCAUGUCUCAGAUCCAAAGUCCCAUUGGUCACUGAUUUCAUUGCUGUGUAGCUACUUAAACAAGCAGAUGAGGGGGCUGGUCGAGCAGAGGAAACAACCUUAUUUUUGGUGUGAUACUCUGGAUGUCUGCUGAAAGAAGGAGCAGAAUGUUUAGUGUUGAGGGGAGUCAUGAUUAUCACUUAAAUAUGAUUAUUUAUGGUGCUUUGUAUCUUAAUGUUAGUUUGUCCACAUGCAAAGUAAACUAAAACAAAGGCACAUGACAUUAAAAGCAAUUUAGCAUUCCUUAGUUUAGGAAAUUCUUCAUUCCAAAGCUGUUUAGGUGUUUCUGAGUUUGUUGAGACCUCUGGGAUUUGGGGAAGGGGGGCUUACAGGCUUGCUCAAGGUUACUGUAACUUGUCCCACCUUGAAGUAGUCCCCUUACCCUUCUAAACACAGAUCCUGUACCUGACCCCUAGCCUUCUCACCACACCGCUGCCCCAACGCAGCAGCUCUUCACGACUGUUAACUGGCGGUGGCCGUUUGCUCCUGUUGACAGACUGCCUCGUCUUUUAAGGAAGUGCCAAAUAACAACCUUCUCCACAAUGCUGCCAGGAACGGAGGAACGUAAAAGUCAGAAAGCCGAGAAACACAUUACCUCUUUUUUUAAGUCUCGAUACACUGACACAUUUAUGCUUUUUAUUGUUAAAUUUAGGCGAACAGAUAUCCAACUUCAGACAGCACUGUCAAGGAGAACAUCGCAUUAGCUCUAACAUCAGCUCCGUUUCUUAAAUAUCCACUGCGAUCAGCCUACCACUAUUGCUACGGCUGCUUUAAUAUUCAGCAUAUGGCAAUUUGUCCCUUUGAACGAUGUCGUACAUUGAAACAAAAAAAAAAUAUUAUAAAGCUAUGCCUUUCCAUCAUACCGGCAUAUAUUUCUGUUAACUUUUGUGUUAUAGUUUUGUUUCCUUUUUUCUCAGGGUGCUGUGAUAGAGGCUUGUACUAAAGCAGGCUGUUAUGUGCAUUUACUCAAAGCAAACAUUAAAACUCAUAUGAACAUAUUUUCAUAUACUGUAUCUUUACUCUCCCUGUAUAUAUAUACUCUGAUUUAAUCAUUAUGUUAUUGGAGAGUUAUACACUUCUUUUUAUGAUCUCCAUGCAUUAUGUUGGGUGCAGUUGCCUUUCUAACCAGCCCCUCCACAGCACAGGUGGUCGUGGCUUUGAUCAUAAUGCUUAUUAAAUUCUAAAUUUAAUCUUUCUUAGACAGAUCUCUACAUAAAGUCAGUGCUCAGAGUGAAAAUACAUCCCCCUCCUUUUUUAUAAUUCCACCUCCCCCUUGCUGAGUUCGGCUGUAAUCAUAUCACAUAUCAAAACCUUGACCUUUUUGCAGAAAUCUCACUUCAUUAGCUGUCUGCAGAUGAGUUAAAUCAAUUUUAAGCACAUAAUCUAAUUAACCUACAGCAAGUGUAAAAAGUGUGAACAUCUAUGUUCACCGUCUGCAAAGUUUUACUAUAUCUGGUAGAGUUUAAAUGAAAGAACAAGAAUGUUUCAUUAACGUAGUAAUGAAGAAAGAGCAAAUCCUGUUAAAUUAGUAUUUUCUUGUGUCACAGUUUGGUUCUUUUUCAGCCAUUUGAGUCCUUCAAUAGGACCUAUUUAAUCAUAGGUUACCAUGUCUUGAACUAGAAAAACUUACUAAGUCUUGCACACUUUCUCCAAAUCAGAUUGUAAGGAAAUCUCUUGUUCAGAGCCUUCUUGUGAGGACAGAAUGUCGAACAUGUAUCAUGCAAAUUCAAAACUAUAAUCGUUUUUUUGUCACGUAGAUUUUUUCUGUUAACUUUAAUCUUUAACUGACUGUGAUAUUAAAAAAAAUCACAUCUCUGAAGGUUUUGGGUCCAAACUGAAUGGUGUUUAGAAAAGUGCACAAUUUUUUCCCAUUCUGUCUAUAUGGAAAAUACAAGAAAGUAAAAUGUUGUUGCAGCUGCUUCAGAAUAGCUGCAACCUUGUAGAACCCUUAAUCAGUUUCUAUCUUGUAUCUAUACAAGGUACAAACUUCUAGUUUUUUAAAAUCACCGUUGUCCCUUAUUUUUUCUAAUUACUGAGGUUGACAUUGAUUUUUUUUUUUUAUCCAGCGACUAAAACCUUUCAUAUAAUAAAAUUUCAAUCUGUGAAAUCUCUCUGCAAAACAUAGGUCCAGCUAAAGAAAUAGCAACAAAUCUGGAUAGAGAAACCCAAACUUUAUUUCAGGUCAGUCAGAUUCACAGUCAGAUUUUAACUUAAAUUAAAAAAAGCUGAAAAGGAACCAAAAUGUGUUUUUUUUAAGUAAUAGCCUAUGGUGUGCACACUAUUGCAGUCAGAUGAUUUAAAAAAAAAACCUCCUUCUGGUUUAGUUAUUCUAGACUAACUGCACACAAUAUAUGUCACAAUAAAGAUGAAGGAAAUUUUAAUAUGAUUUAUUAAAACCAAUUUUUUAUUGCUUCACAAAACCUUAGCAUGUUACCAGGGAUGUGUGGACUUUUGAGAGGUGUUGUAGAUUUCCAGCACUUUUUCCCUCUCACCAUGUCUCAUGCAAAUAUUGAAAUAAAACCACAGAAUCUCUCAACCCCAGAAUGGGGAGCUUUUAUUAGGAGAGCAUCACAGUGGUAUCCCAGCCAAGCUUACCUUGAUUAAAAAUGCAUUAAAUCUUCAGGCACUGUGAAGUGUAAUAAUUUCAGUUCUGCCAUUAUUUUUUCAUACCCUCACAGACAGAGAUGUAGAUUUCAUGAACGCUCCUCGAGAGUGAGAUGGCUUUGCUCAGGAGGUCUUGUGUGUAAUUAGGGGAAGAACAUAGGAAGAUAUGAGCUGGGGAUGAAGGUCCAAAGCCGCAGGAGUUGGGAUGGCUGGAAAUAGACUGGGUCAUAACACAGGGGCUCGAGCCAACAUCCCCCUUCUUUCCCUCCCCAUCUCAAAAGUUAUUGUUACUGAGCCGAGCAACGUCUGUAUUCGCACUGUUAUUCAUGAAUGUAUCCUCACCAUCUGCACCAGCCAUGCUGCCCUCCAGAGAGCUGAGCAAACCGAUGUUAACGUAAGGAACCCCAUUUUUAAUCUGAUUCUGCUUGUAAGCAGAAUUCAACUUAACUGAAGCCAAAUAUCCCACAGAUCCAAAGCUUCUGGAGUCAACCUGUCCCAAAAAAAAUAGAUGUGGCUUUGCUCAAAGACUUCUCUGUAUGGGUUUGCAAGGCUGCACUUUUUGCAAUUCAAUAAUGCUGCUGGAAAGAUACACCCUGAAAACAAGAGUCUCCCGCUACGGAAUGGUUUUCCAGUGUGUUGUGACAAUUUCCUUUUGUCUGAUUCUUGUCUAGCUGGUUGUCCAAAGCUUACUUUUUCAAAUACAGUGUGAAAACCUGUAUCUUUUGUGGAUGUAACAAAAUAGAAAAGUAUUCUGCAGCACAAUAUGUCGUGGACACGUGAAAGCUUUUAGGCAUUCUUUUCUCGUAGAUCAUAGCUCACAGCCCUCCCCUGCACAUCAGGUUUAAUGGGCCUGGUAGUGUAGCAGGACAAGCUUGUCCAGGCUAAAACUGAAACGCUAAACCAAUACAUUAUGCUCGAAGAGCAAAAACCAUUUUCCUUAAUGGUCUUUUCCAGCAAGGCUUACACAAGAGAAACGAUUCCUAUCCUCUCAAUGUUCCCCUCUCCUAUUCCUCUUCUCUGUGACCAUCACAAGGCCUGAGUAAUGUUUUCUAUGCACUUGUUAGCAUGUUUUCCUGGUAGAAAAUUUUUUAUCAGUUCCAUACAUAUUUAUUUUUGUCCAAAUGCAUUUGGCAGGGAGUGUGUAAGGAUGAGAUGUAGAUAUGUGGUACAGGUGGAUAAAAGAGAUGGAUAGAAAGCAGGUUUUAAAAAGUCAGCUAAGGGACAGAUGUAGUUAAGGACAAUAAAAGCCCCUCAAAAGUCACAAAAAUAAGUUUUGGUCAUUUGCUUUUGUCCUUCUGUUCUCAAGUAUUCUGUCUUUAAUUCCCUACUACAUGAAAAUCCUUUUCUAUUUUUCAUUUACUACAGAAAUGGAAGCAGAGCUACACAUUCCACAAUUUUCUUCUUUGAAUCCCUUAUCCUGUCAAACUGUAUCAUGUUGGCCUUCAAAGUGGGUGUCUGCAGGAUCGAGUGGCUGAUAUUUAAUCCAACAAAUAGAGACUUUUCCACUGGCUGGGCAAUCCAAGAGAUAACUAGAUUCCAACUCCCAUGAGGAAAGACAAUGAUCAGUCAUUAUCUCAGAGCCUCAAAAUGAGACUUCCUACACCCAGAAUAGCACAGGCCCCUCCUGCCUCGAUGGCGACACAUUCCCCAUCCGUGCACCCGCUGUGUCCAAGAGCAGUCAGUCACGUUCAAAACAAUCUAAGGAGAAGAUGCAGUCUGUAUGCUUAUCACAACAGUGUUACUAGAUCUCAAGCAGAUACCAUUUGAAAGACAAUGUAUUACUCCUUAAAGUUAUAUUCUGUUUAUGGUGUGUGCUCAUAUUACUCACCAGGCCAAAUGUACAGUCCCUGUCUCUGUUUUGAUGUUGAACUGGGCAAAAAUAAAUGACAUGAAUAAAUAAAUAAAACAAGUGUAUCAGAAAUGGUUGAAAUACUGUGUACAUAUUUGAACUUUUGGUUUCUAAUUUAUAAAAGAUAAGCUUUAGCUCUUGGAGUACUUAUUUUAUUUUUUUUCCUUUCAUGCGUAGCUUUGUGUUUUUAUUUUCUAUUUCUGUAAAGUGUGUAAAUAUAUCUUUAUGAU